GAAAAUAUUAACUUUGAUCAAAAAAAAAAAAGGAAAAUUAUAACAAGAAGCACCGAUCAUUACAAUAUAUAUGCGUUGCUUUGCUUCUACUCUGUUUUCACUUCUGUCUUUGGCUCUCCUCUCUUUAUCUCUCGUCUCUGUAAACAAAAAAAAAACACGAUGCAGUCAUCGUCAAGCGUGUCUGAGUCCACAACGAAGAAAGGAACAAAACGAAAAAUCGAAAUCAAGAAACGAGAAACCAAACAGCAACGAGCCGUGGCUUGUUCUAAACGUCGUCAAACUGUCUUUUCCAAAGCCGCCGAUCUCUGUCUUCUCUCCGGAGCCAACGUAGCUGUCUUUGUAACCUCUCCUGCAGAGAGUUCUGAUGUUGUCUACUCUUUCUCGGGAUACUCUCCUGCACACGAAAUAGCUGAUUGUUACCUGAAUCGCAAGCCACCUCCUAAGUUUGUUGUUAACCCUCAAUCCAAGUUAGGGUUUUGGUGGGAAGAUCCUGAUCUUUACAAGUCUUGUGAUGAUCUUUCUGAGUUAAACAUGAUUGAGGAUCGUAUAGAGAGGAUGAAGAAGCAUGUGAUGGCUUGCCUUGAGAAGAAAGAAAAGUCGCAAUGUGUUUCUAACUCCGAACAAAACCCUAGGUCUUGUUCUGUCGACGAGGAGUUUGCUCGACCUUCUUCGUAUAUCGAUCUAAACCCUAACCCUAGCUCCUCUGUCCACGAGUGUUUCAACGAUCAAACCCUAGCUUCUUCUUUCCAUGGCGAUCGAAACCCUAACUUCUCGACUCAGUCUUCUUCACAGGUCGGUUCUUUUUGUCAGAAUCCUUACUCCUCUCUAGAUAAGAUCUGUGGAGAGUCUUCUUCACAAGUUGCUUCUCCAUAUCCAAACCUUAACUCCGAGAUCCAAGGAUGUGAUGAAACAGAGGAUGAGACUAACCUAAUCAUGAAUCUACCACAUCCACAAGCAACUCAACCAAGAAGAAUUGGAAUGUAUCUACAUGAGUCAAUUCACUGAUUCAUCAACCGUUUUUUUAGUCGUCUUUAAAAUCUUAACCUGUUAUAUUUUUUUAGGUACUAUAUGUUACCAAUCUAUAUUAUAUACAUGUAAAAUAAUAUGAUGUUAGUUGUUUCAUCUUGGAACUAUUAUAUAAAAUUAGAGUUUGUCUCGUUGAGAAUAUAUGAUUUCUUGAUCCUUUAAUGUUACAUUCAAGAAAAGAGAACAGUUUUGGUGCUUUGUGAUUUUAAGAUGAUGUGUUUGAACAGAAUUGAGGUAUAAGAUUAUGAACUUAGCAUAGAUUAGAUGAACUUAUCCUCCACUACAUGUAACAGGAGAG